AUGCCCUUGGAGAAAGACUUUCUACUUUCCAUCCCUGAUCUUUUGAGAAAUCCCCACAUUCAGGUUGACUAUGUAUCACAAAUUAUCUACUAUUCCCUAUGUCUUCAAAGCAUCAUGCUGAACCCCAGUUUGUACAACGAUAUCGGCGGUCUGGUGAGAUAUAUUUACCAGAAGUGCCAGACCCUGACUGAAUACUGGGUGGAUCAUAUACAGAAUACCCCCACUGAUCUCUACGCAGCAAUACUCAUGGCAAGUGAAGCUAUAAUUCUUCAAGUAUCGAUGGCCCUCGAGGGCUGCAAUAGCGAAUUGGCGUGGAAGAUGCUCGGCCACGCCUUGACCAUAGCCAAAGCCUUGGGAUAUUUCUACGUGGAUGGGUACCCAGACGAAGCGAAUGGCCAGCCAUCACUCCUGCAGGGACCGAUGACCGAUGAAACCGAGGUAGACAAAAAUCGAAAACGAUUCGAAUUCUGGCAUUUACUCCGAACGGACUGCCUUUUCCGGCUAUGUUUCGGCAAGCCAACCCUUAUCCCGCCAGGGUCCUGGAAGGUCAACUUCCCAGAUCCAACGAUUGAUGGCAUUGACAAGGAAUCUUCUCGCUUUGUUCAAAUUCAUUUUCUGGCUUCUAUGCGGCUUACCAUAGUGGUGAUGAAGUACCUGGAUUGGGUUGACUCGGGGCCAGACCCUAACCAGGUUUCGCAUGAUGCAACGGUUGACAGUUUCCUUGCGGAAGUAGAGUCGAUUAUGCGUGACUGGGACACGGAUGAGCUGCUUCGACUGGCCAAGACUCAGGUCGACGCAUGGUUUUGCAGCGACAUGAUUUUUAGCAGUUUCAAGAUCCUCAUCAUUCUUCACCAAUCGAAGAAAUGUGAGCAGCAAAAACACCAUUUACCACCUAAAACCGUGGAAUUCUCGAGAAAGUCUAUCCAAAUGUUCCAGUCCCUUCUAGGAUCAGCAUUACACGCAUACUCGGGUAUCAGUCUCAUCUUACUUCACCAGUUUAUCCCUUUUUUCAUCCUGUGCUUGGAUAUCAUUGGGAAUCAUGAGCGUGAAGAGGUAGACACAGACCUCGCUUUGGUGACUUGGAUCGGGGACCAUGUCGAAGCGAUCGUAGAGGAACGAGUAGAAUUGAGACCUGUGAUGAUUAUCGUGAAGGCUAUGUUGACAGCAUGUCACCAAGUCAGAAUGAAUCAUCUUGCUGCUUCGAUGACAGGAAUUGAAUAG